ACUCAUAUUUACAUUUAAAUAACCGCAAAUAUAACAUUUUUUAAAUUAUUAAACACAAAAGAGCAAAAUGGCUAAAGGAUUCCUUUGUCUAAUCGUAUUAUCAGUUGUACUACAGGUGUCAUUCCAGUCGAAAUUAUGUAAACUUCCGUUUGAGCAAGAAGUUCUUAACGCUCACAACUAUUAUCGGGCCAUGCAUAAUGCUCCUGCUUUAUCUUUGAACCCCAUGCUAAGUCAAUUGGCGACCAACUGGGCUCAUACAUUGGUGGCUAAAAAUCGCAGGGAGCACAGUCAGAACGGAUAUGGAGAAAAUAUCUACUGGGCCUACAUGACAAACCAGGACGGCAAGGAUGCCGUCAGGGCUUGGUACGAAGAGAUUUCCCUUUACAACUGGAACCAUCCUUCGUUUAGCACGCAGACUGGGCACUUUACUCAGGUGGUUUGGAAGGGUUCCACUGAGUUGGGUGUUGGUUUUGCCAAAAGUGGCAAUGCCAUCUUUGUUGUGUGCAACUAUAAUCCCCCUGGAAACCACAAGAACGAAUUCGGGAAGAACGUAGCUCACCCAACUUAUUAUCGCUAACAUUUCUUUAAGGGAAAUAGUGGAAUACCAAAUAUUACAAAUAUGCUUUUAUAAGAUUACCACUCCAGCGACGAACGCCAACAUAAUCAAACAGUCACAGUAUCCCAUUUUUCUUAGCGAUAUCAAAACCAUUUAUAGUUCAUGU